AUGGCCGAAGUGCGCAAGAAGAAGUCCGUGUCAUACGACACAAAUCCCGUGGAGUACGCUGCACAGAGGGCAUCCGUUGCCUCUUCUGUGUACUCUACGCACAACACUACCAAUGGUGUUGACUUGCCCAACGCCCACACCGACAACAACGAGAGAAGUGCGUCCUUGCGGUCUUCCAAGUCGACUGCCUCUACUCGUUCUUCAAGCUCCCGACAGCAUUACCUGACCGAGAACCAGCAGCCCAGUGAGGCAGCCAUUUACGCCCAGAAGCUGCGAUACGGCGUUUACCACGCACCCGGUUUCCCCACCGUUGGCGUUGAGAAGUCCUCCUCCAAUUCUGCUGCCAACCUUGCUGUCGAUGCUAACCUCUCUCCUAACCUUUGGACCCCUAACAAGUCUGCCGCUGCUGGUGCCGCCGCAGUUCUUGCUAAGCAGAACAAGGGCCCCGAGGUGUGGAAGCCCUCCAAGUCUGCAGUGGCUGGUGCUGCUGCAGUUGCUUCGAAGCCCGGAAACGUGGAGGCAUUCUACGUGGAGCACCCCGACACUCGAAAGAACGGUAUGUACGCUGCCCAGGCUAUGCACCGACGGUCUUCCACAGGUCUGUCUUCCUCUGCUGCUGCCGCCACUCUCAAACAGGAACAGCAGCACAACUCUGCCCUCAUGGCUGCCCAGGCCAUGCCUAGAUCCAGAGACCCCCAGGCUCAGCCCAGAUCCACCGACAUGGAUUUCAGUCACCUGAAGACAAUUCCUGCCUCUCGAAACCCCAACAAGCCUGGUCCUUUUGUGUCACCCAACGAGUCCUCUAACAAGUUCCAGUCUGCCGACCUGGGCUCCAUCAACCUUGCUGGAAUUGAGGCAUCCGCUCGAAAGGCUGCCGAGAAGCGACUUAAUUCCAUUUACAUGUCUAACCACUCUGACGCUGGCCUCCACUUUGCCAACACUGGUGCUGCUGCCUCUCACCUUCCCUACGACCCAGCCGACCUGCCUGAUUCCUACUUCUCCGAGGAGGAGCGACGAACCCUCAAGGAACGAAAGGCUUUCCUCAAGGACACCCAGGGUCAUAUCAACCUGCACGCAAUUGCUACUGAGCGAGCUCGCCAGUCCCUGGCCGCCGUUGAGGCUGAGCACACCACCCGUGUCCCUCACAUGAACCCUGAGUACUACCGAGAGGCCCUCCAAAUCGCUGAGUCGAAGUAUGCUAAGCGAACUGAGAACCAUGGCAAGAUCGAUCUUGGAGGUGGCGCUUACAUGACCCAGGCAGACAUUGACGCCAUUGCUGCUAGACAUGUCAAGCCCGUUCUCAAGGAGAUUGAUGAAAAAGCUACUGCCAUGCGAGCCAAGGACGAGCAACAGCGACGUGAGGACGAGGAAACCAAGCGAAAAUACGAGGCAGCCAAGGCUGAGCAGCGACGAAAGAAGCAGGCUGAGAAGGAUGCUCGUGCUGCCGCUAAGGAAAGACGACGAGACAACGAGCGACAGGCUAAGAUCCGAGCCGCCGGCGCAGGAGGCGCCAAGUCGGACUGGACCAACAAGACUGUCAUGAAGCCCAAGAGCUACGCAGCAGCUCCUUCUGCUGCUGCUAAUGCUCGAGGUGCUGGCUACACUGCUGGAGCUGGUGCCGGAGCUGUUGCCGGGGCUGGUGCCGGUGCCGCUGCUGUCUCCAAGUCUUAUGGUGGUGGUGCUGCCACCGAGUAUGACUCCGAAGACGAGUACGAGGAGGUUGAGGACGACACCCCUGAUGCUCCGCUCUUUGAGGGUAUCGAGGGUGAAGCUCUUGCCAACAAGUCCGUUGCUCACCACACCAAGCUUGUUUCUGAGCGAAUGGCCCGAUUCAGAGCUGGCGAGCCUCUUGAUGUUGUCAAGCCCAAGAAGACCAAGAGAGUCAAGAAGGAGCGAGCUGCCCCCGUUGCUGCUGCUACCCCUAGUGCUUUUGAGGACUCUCCUUCUCGUGGCCAGUUCGAUCAUUGCACCUCUACUGAGGCCAUUGCCCUGCUCUCGACAGCACAGAACGCCCGACGAGCAGCUCGUCACGUCUCUGGUGAGAAGGAUGAGAACCCUUAUGACAACUUCCUUUCCAUGAUCAUUACCAACUCUACUGUUGAUCUGACCAAGCGAAGACCCAAGGGACCUCUGACUCCUGCCCAGGCUGCCGCGUUCUACCGAACUGAACCCGCCGAGGAGCCUGUUGCUCCUGCCGCUAAGGCUGCCGCUCCUACUGCUAAGGCUGCCGCUCCUGCUGCCAAGGCUUCUCCUGCCCCUGCUGCUACUGCCGCUACCCCUGCUGCCAAGGCUGCUCCUGCCCCUGCUGCCACUGCCGCUGCCCCUGCUGCCCCUGCUGCUGCCCCAGCUGCCGCUGCCGCUGCCCCCGCUGCCGCUCCCAAGGCUGCCCCCGUUGCAAAGGCUGCCGCUCCUAAGGCAACUCCUGCUAAGGCAGCUCCUAAGGCCGAGCCUGCCAAGGCUGAGAAGAAGAAGGGAGGCUUCCGAGCUUUCUUCAGAAACUUCACAUCGAACGAGCCCGCUGCAAAGGAGAAGACUGCUCCCGCAGCCAAGCCCGCUGCUAAGGCCGCUGCUAAGCCAACUGCCAAGGCCACUCCAGCCAAGCCUGCUGCUGCCGCGGCUGCCGCCUCUACUGGUGACAAGUUCUACGAUUCCAAGAAGGACGCCGCUCCCGCCGCUCCUGCCGCUUCCUCUUCCGAGCCCUCUGCCGCUGCCUCUGCAAUCCCCGGUGCUGGAGUUGGUGCCGCUGCCGCUGCUGAGUUCAACAAGUUUGCUGAUGACGAGGGGGACAAUGUCGACGCUGGCGAGACUGCUGAAGGCGAGGCCAAAUUCUCUCCCGAGGAUGUGCCCGAGGCCGCUGAUGUCACUAAGCCGGAGGUUACUGAUGCGAUUGUUUCUGGUGAAGGAGAGCCUGUCGAGGGUGACUUCAACCUCAAGGAGAAGGAGAUUGUGGAUCCCGUUGACAACGUUGAGGGCAAGCCCGAGAUUGACGCCAAGUCUGUCGAGGGUGACUUCAACCUCAAGGAUAAGGAAAUCGUUGAUCCCGUCGACAACGUUGAUGCUGGUGCUUCCAUUCCUGGUGCUCCUUCUACAAGCCCCGAUGCUCAUGUCCCUGGUGGUUUCCACACUGCUGCUGAUUCUUCCAUCGACAAGGCUGCUGACCCUGUACCCGCCAUUGAGGACGCUCUUGCCGGAACCUCUGAAACUAAGAAUGGUGUCUUCAGCACUUCCGAGAAGAAGCCUGAGCUCGAUAUCACCGAUGGAGAUGCUUCCAAUGCUGCCGAUGGUGCCUUUAACCUCUCUGGCAAGGAAAUUGCUGACCCCAAGGAUAAGGUGGACACUGCCGGCCUUGAUCUUCCCGUUCCUGCCGAGGUCGUUGGUGGCGAGAAGCCUGAGCUGGAGAUCACCGAUGGGGAUGCCUCUACCACUGCUGCCGAUGGUGCUUUCAACCUUACCGGUGAGGAGAUCACUGACCCCAAGGAUAAGGUGAGCACCGCUGGAAUUGAUCUUCCAGUCCCCACCACUGUUGCUGGUGGUGAUGAGAAUAAGCCGGAGCUUGAGAUUGAAGAUGACGAUGAUGAGGAGGAUGUCGAAGAUGAGCACGAUUUCGAGCACGAUCAGAAUGAGCCUGUUACCUCUACUCCUUCUACCACUGCUGCUCCUGUUCUUUCUGCUGCCGAGCGAAAGAAGAAGAAGAACCAGAAGAAGAAGAACAAGAAGAAGAAGGCCAACAACAACGAGGGUGGCGUGUUCAAGGAGGAUUUUGCUAAUAGUCCCUCUACUGCGAACGCCCCUGACUGGGCUGCAGAGGCUGAGUCGGCUUUGAAGCACGUGCAGGGUGAAAUCGAGGGUGCUGUCAACGAGGCCCUGAGAAAGUAA